GGACGCGUCCAAUCGCUUCGUUUUACCACCCAUCUACCAUUUCACGGAGUGUCUUGACCGGCACAGGACGCAAAUCGUUCUGGAAGAUAAAAUUCACUCAUCACCGAAGUAAUCCAGAAACAUCGACGACGGUGUUGUCUCAGCCUUCGUCAAUGAGCGGCUUCAGGGACGCCAUGCCAGUCUAGCGCAUCCCAGCAGGGGAGUGCGCAGCGCUUGCAUAAUUGAAUGAACUGAAAAGACUAUAAUCGCAACUCAGGAUGUACUUGUACAAUUUGACCCUCCAGCGUGCCACAGGCAUUACCCAUGCAGUCCAUGGAAACUUCUCCGGGAGUAAAAUGCAGGAGAUUCUGGUCUCCAGGGGAAAAUCCUUGGAGCUCCUGCGCCCGGAUCCGACCACCGGCAAAGUCCACACAGUCCUCACCGUCGAGGUAUUUGGGAUAAUUCGAUCGUUGAUGGCAUUUCGUUUGACUGGGGGUACCAAAGAUUACAUUGUAGUUGGCUCGGACUCUGGGCGAAUCGUCAUCCUCGAGUACAUCCCAGCGAAAAAUAUAUUCGAGAAGGUGCACCAGGAGACUUUUGGUAAGAGUGGCUGCAGGAGAAUUGUUCCUGGGCAAUACCUUGCCAUCGACCCCAAGGGACGUGCUGUUAUGAUAGGUGCCAUUGAGAAGCAGAAACUCGUGUACAUUCUGAACAGAGACCCAGAGGCUCGUCUGACUAUUUCAUCACCCCUGGAAGCCCACAAGAGCAACACCCUGGUCUAUCACACCGUGGGUGUUGACGUUGGCUUUGAAAAUCCGAUGUUUGCAUGUCUGGAAAUAGAUUACGAGGAGGCAGACAGUGAUCCAACUGGUGACGCUGCAGUGAAAACGCAGCAGACUUUGACACUCUACGAGCUUGACCUCGGGUUGAACCACGUUGUGAGGAAGUACAGUGAACCCCUGGAGGAGCACGCAAACUUCCUCGUGUCGGUGCCUGGAGGAAAUGACGGCCCUAGUGGAGUUCUCAUCUGCUCCGAGAACUACCUCACCUACAAGAAUUUGGGUGACCAGCACGAUAUUCGUUGCCCCAUCCCAAGGAGGAGAAACGACCUGGACGAUCCAGAGAGAGGCAUGAUCUUCGUGUGCUCCGCCACACAUAAAACCAAGAGUAUGUUCUUCUUCCUGGCUCAGACAGAGCAGGGUGACAUCUUUAAAAUCACCCUGGAGACUGACGAGGACAUGGUCACUGAAAUUAAACUCAAGUACUUCGACACUGUACCUGUGGCCAACAGUAUGUGCGUUCUCAAGACUGGUUUUUUGUUCGUCGCUUCGGAAUUUGGAAAUCAUUAUUUGUACCAGAUUGCACAUCUUGGGGAUGACGAUGACGAGCCUGAAUUCAGCUCGGCCAUGCCUCUCGAGGAGGGAGACACUUUCUUUUUUGCCCCAAGACCACUCAGGAAUUUAGUACUUGUCGACGAGAUGGACAGCUUGUCUCCCAUUCUGGCUUGUCAGGUUGCAGAUUUGGCAAACGAGGACACUCCACAGCUAUAUAUAGCCUGUGGUAGAGGACCCAGAUCAACUCUCCGAGUGUUGAGACACGGACUGGAAGUAUCCGAAAUGGCUGUGAGUGAACUUCCCGGUAAUCCCAAUGCUGUGUGGACGGUGAAGAGAAGAGUUGACGAGGAGUAUGAUGCAUACAUCAUAGUGUCAUUCGUCAAUGCAACACUAGUGCUUAGCAUUGGUGAAACUGUUGAGGAAGUUACGGACUCUGGAUUUCUCGGCACAACGCCAACUCUUAGUUGCUCAGCACUCGGUGAAGAUGCCCUUGUGCAGGUUUACCCCGAUGGUAUCCGUCACAUUCGUGCCGACAAGCGUGUCAACGAGUGGAAAGCACCUGGUAAAAAAACGAUAGUUAAAUGCGCCGUGAAUCAGCGACAAGUUGUAAUCGCUCUGACGGGUGGAGAAUUGGUCUACUUUGAAAUGGAUCCGGCAGGACAUUUGAAUGAGUACACAGAGAGAAAAAAAAUGCCAUCCGAAGUGAUGUGCAUGGCUCUGGGGAAUGUGGCAAGUGGGGAACAGCGUUCCUGGUUUUUGGCUGUGGGUUUGCAAGAUAACACUGUGAGAAUAAUUUCACUGGAUCCGUCGGACUGCUUGGCACCAAGAAGUAUGCAAGCACUUCCAGCAGCCGCUGAGAGUCUCUGCAUUGUUGAAAUGGGAGCAGCCAAAGACGUGGGGAACUCCGACGAGGAAUCACCACAACAACAAACAAGCCUCUACUUAAAUAUUGGCCUCCAGAAUGGAGUACUUCUGAGAACAGUGCUCGAUCCAAUAUCAGGUGACUUGGCUGACACGAGAACAAGAUAUCUCGGCUCAAGACCAGUUAAACUAUUUCGCAUACGUAUGCAGGGUAAUCAAGCGGUGUUGGCGAUGAGCAGCAGGUCAUGGCUGAGUUAUUAUUAUCAGAAUCGUUUUCACUUGACUCCAUUAUCAUACGAGAGUCUUGAAUUUGCCUCUGGUUUUAGUUCAGAGCAGUGUCCCGAGGGCAUAGUUGCUAUAUCAACGAAUACGUUGAGAAUUUUAGCACUCGAAAAGUUAGGGGCUGUGUUCAAUCAAGUGAGCUUUCCACUUGAAUAUACACCGAGAAAGUUUGCCAUUCACAAUGAUUCGGCUCAUCUGGUUGUCCUUGAGACUGAGCACAAUGCUUAUACUGAGGAGACUAAGAAGCAGAGGCGCUUGCAAAUGGCUGAGGAGAUGCAGGAGGCUGCUGGGGCCGAGGAGGCAGCUGUCGCCAGGGAACUUGCCGAGGCUUUUCUCUCUGAAGAGCCCAACGAGGCCAUUUUUGGAGCACCGAGGGCUGGUCCUGGAUUAUGGGCUUCUCUCAUUAAAAUCAUGGCACCUACCACUGGGGACACCUUUGAGGUACAUCGAUUGGAGCAGAAUUAUGCUGCACUUUGCCUGGCUAUGGUUAAAUUCGCCAAUCAAGGGGAUCAAUUGUUCCUCAUUGUGGGGGUUGCUAAGGACUACCAGCUCAACCCCAGAAUUAGUAAUGGAGGAUUUUUGUACACAUACAAAGUCAAUCCUGAGGGCACAAGCAUUGAACUGCUUCACAAAACGCCAGUUGACGAAGUUCCAUUGGCGAUAUGCUCGUAUCAGGGUCGUGUACUCGUAGGAGUGGGUAGAAUGCUACGAUUGUACGAUAUGGGAAAAAAGAAACUUCUGCGUAAAUGUGAGAAUAAGCACAUACCAAAUGCUGUUGUAUCGAUAAAUGCUGUGGGACAGAGGAUUUACGUUAGUGAUGUACAGGAGUCCGUGUAUGCUGUCAGAUACAAACGACAAGAGAAUCAAUUAAUUGUAUUUGCCGAUGACACACAUCCAAGAUGGAUAACGACUACUUGUGUAUUGGAUUAUGAUACAGUGGCAACUGCUGAUAAAUUUGGUAAUAUUGCGGUUGUGAGGCUUGCCAGUGGCAUUAAUGAUGAUGUUGAUGAGGAUCCAACUGGGAAUAAGGCACUCUGGGAUCGUGGUCUUCUCAAUGGGGCUAGCCAGAAAGCUGAUACUGUUGCUUCUUUUCACAUUGGAGAGACAGUUAUGUCACUGCAGAAAGCUACACUAAUACCUGGUGGCUCGGAGAGUCUCGUUUACACCACCCUCAGUGGAACUGUUGGAGUACUUGUCCCAUUCACUAGCCACGAGGAUCACGAUUUCUUUCAGCAUCUCGAGAUGCACAUGAGAUCUGAGCAUCCACCUUUAUGUGGCAGGGAUCAUCUGUCCUUCAGAUCGUAUUAUUAUCCAGUAAAAAAUGUCAUCGAUGGUGAUCUCUGUGAGCAAUUCAAUUCCAUCGAACCAUCCAAGCAAAAAAGCAUCGCCGGGGAUCUCGAGAGAACGUCAUCCGAAGUUUCGAAAAAACUUGAGGACGUCAGAACACGAUAUGCAUUCUGAAAGGACAUCACUCAAUCUCAUAAAUUCUUAUUCUUUAAUUUCACUCAUUUGCUAUUAUGUUUAUGCAUGCGUCGUUUGAUAGACAAGACUGAAGUUUUUAUUUGGCAUUUCAUGGUUUACAACGCCGGAAAUUCAGACGACGUGUUCUCUGUUCCUCGUAUUUUUUCCAUCCCAUCCAUUAUUUUUUUUUGCGACUCGUUGCAUUGUAAAUAUUUGAGCGAAUGUGUUAUCGUCAGUGUUUGUAUUCCCCUCGGAUUUCGAGCAAUUGUAGCAUGCAUCCACGUUAUGCAGGUAGAUAUUGUAUAAAAUUAAAAUCCUUGACGUGCGCUGGGAGAAUAUUUAUUAUGAAUAGUAUUGUAACGAUUUAAGAAUAAUAAACAUGCAGUAACAACAGA